CGCUCUCGGUACCCACACGGUGCUCACAUCUGGGAAUGACUGAUGUUAUUUCUGAAAGCCAAAAUGGCGCGGCUGAUUGCGAGGGCGCGAGCGUGCACGGCGCGCGCGGGCUAAGACAUGUGGGCGGGAAAUGCUGUUGCGCCUCUACUCGGGUCUUUCCGGCAGCCUCCGAACGGGCUGAACACGCGCGGUGAGUCGAGGCGGAGAGAGAAGCAGCAGCCGGAGGAACAGAGCCGAGCAGGCGCCGGAACAGCCGACCGACCCGCGGCCGAUUAUUAGCCAGUGUUCCGUUGGGGAAACAGGGCCGGGGGGUGGGCUGGGGGCUCGGGUACAGGAGAAUGAGAGAGCCCUCUUACCGGAGGGGGCGAAAACAUGAACGGGGCCGUGUACAUUUCGUUUUUUCAGGGCCAGCUGGAGUCCGUGCUGGAGCAAGUCGUUCAGCUCGCCGUCCAGGAAAUAAGCAAGACGGUGGGCUCCAGCCUGAACACGCUGCUGCUGGAGACGGCCGUGAAGGAGCAGGAAAACCGCCGGCUCAGACUCCAGCUGCAGUCACGGGAGAACCGGGGCAGGGCCAACAGCAGCUCCGCGGACGGCGAAGGCUCUCCGGUGGCGGGUAAGAACAAGGCUGGCAAGGAGGCGACGGACGGGCGGGCGGACCGCGGCAGAACAAACCCCGAGCAGCGGCAGCAGCAGCAGCAGCAGCAGCAGCUUCACGCCCCCGGAGGGCAGGGCGCCGAUCCCGGCGUGCCCACUGACACACGGCGCCUGGAGCAGAGAGGACGAGUCGUGGACCAGCUGAAGUCGGUCAUGGAGCGGGUCCUGGACUUCGCCGUGCGCGAGCUGACGAAGAUCGUGGAGGCCUCAUUUGAUGACCUCCUGCUGGAGUUCACCAAGAUGGAGACGGAGCACCAGGUCCUGGAGGAGAGGCUGGGCAAGAGCUCGGACCGAGGGGGAGGAGGGGGGAGAGGGGGAGCCGGAGGGAGGAGGAGGGGGUCAGAGAACGACUCGGUGUCACCCAGCGGCUCUGAAGACGCCCGGGAGGAGCUGGCUGAGGUCACGGUGUCCAAAGAGACGGCGCCGACGUGCGACUCGGAGCGUCCCCCCAUCCUCUCGGUCUCUCAGGACUGGGUUCCCAUCCUGGACAAAGUCUUUGGACAGAAGUGGUGCAGUGAGAUCAAAGAGCUUGAUGGUGAAGGAGGAGGAGGAGGCGGUGUGGGCGGGGCCCAGCAGGUGCAGCCUGUCUCCGCCCCCUCCCUGACAAUGGAGCCCUCCCCCUCCUCCCCCCAGCAGGACCCCCGCUGGACUCCUCUGGAGGACAUGGAGGUGUUUUCUCCUGAUGAAGAAGUUGUAGACGCGGAGGGAGGAAGCAGCAGCAGCACAGGAACAGGUCGUCGCUCGUCCGCCUCGAUGCUUCACCGUCUCCUGACUCUUCCGUCUCAGUUGCUGGAGGACGACAGUGAGGACGCUGCUGCCGCCAGAGAAACGCUGGCUGCUCUGGCGACCGACAGCAGCGACACCGACCGCCGGGAUGGCGCUGAGCCGCUGGGGCGGACCUGCCAAUCGCCUCUGACGACCAGGGAGGAGGAGGAGGAAGAAGAGGAGGAAGAAGAGGAGGAGGGGGAGGGCAGAUGGAGGAAGAAGAAGAGGCGGAGGGUUUGGUCUGAGUGCGAGGAGUGCGGUCGGCGGUUCAGUCGGAUGUCUCUCCUCAAGGCUCACCGUCAGACUCACGUGGCCGAAAACGCCGCUGUCGAUGCUUCAUCUCCGCCCAGCGGCGCCGCCUUGGCGCUUCGCUGUUCAGAGUGCGGGAAGAGGUUCUCCUCUGCGACCCGCCUCCACAGCCACAUCCGCACCCAGCACUGAGCCGGUCAGCUGGGUUCAGGAUCCACGAAGGCGAAGCCAGAUCAGAACCAGAGACCAGAAACACAACGGGGGCUGAGUCCAGAUCUGAAGUCUGAAGAUCCAAAUGGUACGCAGAUGACAGCAGGGGGCUCGACUGAUUCUACACGCUGACACACUGAGAUACUUUUACUCUGAAACAGGAAGUUCAAUCAACCUGCCCAUUAAUUUCAUGGCUAAAAAAUGGUGAAAAAUUCUCGUCACAGUCUCCCAGAGUCCAAAGUGAUGUCUUCAGGUUGCUGCUUCUGUCCAACAAGCAGUCCCAAACCCAGAGACUCUUCAGUUACCGUCGGAAAUGACAAAGAUGAGCAGCAGAUCCUGGAGCCAGCGGGUGUCGAUUCAUCAAUUAUCAAAAUGGUCGGCAACUAAUUCUCUUUAGUUCUGUCCAUCGUUGUUACUGUCAAUCAAUGAAUCAUUUGGACAGAAAGCAGAAGAACAUCCAUGAGAGUUUCUCAAGGUCCAACAUGGCGUCUUCUAACGUCUCGUUGUGUCCAGCUGUCCAAACCUCGAAGAGCUUCGGCUCACAGGAUCUAAAACAGAUGGCGGCGGUUUCAUUGAUUACUGACUCAAUGAACCAACUUUGACUGCACUUCAGAGAACUACUCUGCAGUUACAGUUAUAAUAUUAUUAUAUAUUAUGAUAAUAUCAUAUUAUGUGUUUUGGAGUAGCGGUGGAAAGGCCGAUGCUUGAGACUUCAGCAGCCUUCAGAGCUGUUUUUCUCAGAAUAUUUGACGUGUUUUCUCUUUGUCGCACGUUAAACGGAAAAACAGGAACUCUGAACUAGAAGAAAAACAUGAGCUUUGUUUGAAUCGCACGUGAACACGUGUCAGUAACAUGUUACAUAAGAGGAACCCUGAAACAAUUUUUUCCCUCUUUAUUUCACCAAAAUCGGUCUGCCCGUCAGCACCUGUACUUGACAGCCAAUCAGGGCUUUGGAGGAAGGUCACAUGGUCUGAAUGGGAGCCAAACGGAAGACAAAAACAUCUCAGCCAAAACUUGAAAGACCUGAAAAUGUGUUUCUUGGGGUCCGCCACAAUCUCAAACCAAUCUGCCAAAGUUCGAACACAGAGAUUUCUACACCAAUCAGGAGCCUGAAAAAGUUUUUGGUGUUGAAAUUAUCAUAAGAUAUUAAUUAUGUUAUAACGUUUUCCCCCCGAUUUUAACUUUGAGGCCUGUUUGGUGAAGAGUGUUUACGUUACUGAUGAAUGAACGUUUAAAAUCAAGUUUUCAGGGGCUCCGCACUGAUUUUAAUUACUUCCAAAUGUCGAGCGCUGAAACAAAGUUGACUUGUUAAGGGACGCAGAAGGAUGAGACUAGAAAACGAAACGAAAUACAAGAAUCCGAUUGGGAGAACAAAACAGAAGUCAUGACCAGAAGCGUUUGAUGAGGAGGCCUCAGAUCAGCUCCCCCUCCUGCUGUAAAAUACCCAAAACCUUUCUAGUGGACAGGAAGGAGCUCCAGCUGCUGCAGUCGAGUUUCUGUCCCGGCACGUCAGUUUUUUUGCAAUAAGCUCGUUGGCUCAGCGGUCGGACGGCUGGAGCGACGUUUCCUGUCCCUGUGUUGGUGGUGAUGGUCGUGGAUUUGGUUUCCCGUGGAUCAGUCCGGCGUGGACGGUCACUCACACAGGACAGAAGUGACCUUUAGUUUUUCUACGUGUUGUUUUUAAAGUGCUCUUUGUUGUCUUUCUCAGUGGACACCAGUUUUUUCUCCUUUUUUAGACGGCUUCAGAUUAUCGUUGGGUGCAUUUUUUUGUCGUCGUAUUUUAGAUUUUGGAUGAUCUUUGGUGAUUCGUGCGCCACUGCUCGUACAGAAAAACAGACUCCAUCAGUGGCGCCGAUCGUUUUUGACUUGUCGAAUGUGAACCUUUUUAUCCUUUUUACGUUUGUUGUACAGUUUUUACUUUUCAGACAGAACUGAUGAUGAAGAAAAGAGAGGGAAGGUUUUUAAACCUGUGCUGGUUUAUGUCUCUCCUUCCUUCCUUCCAUCCUUCCUUCCUCCCUCCCUUCCUUCCUUCAUCCCACCCUUGUUUUUCAGUCCUGUUGGGUUUUGUAACCUCACAUUAACAGAUACCUCCUGUUUUCUGCUGGAAAUUAUUGUUUUUCCACUGAUUGUUUUCUUUACAUGAAUUACUCUGCUGUGUAUGGAAGCCCAUUACUGCCAGGAAAACAAAAAGUUACAGAUGAACGUCAAGAACAGAAAAAUAAAAAAGCAGACAAGCAAAUGAAAAUUAAUCUGAUCCUUAUGGAAGCCAUUUUCUGCCAGUAAAAGAGAAAACAGAUGGCAUGUUACAAUUAAAAAAUAUAAACACUCAUUUAAGUUGAAGUCAUGUGACAAAAUCAACAUUUAGAUUUUAUUUCCUUGUGAAAAAGUAGUUUAUGAUUUUUGAUGUUGGUGGUGCCUCCCAGCAAGUGUGGGUUUUCCAGCUUCCUCCCACAGUCUCAAACACAUCACAUCAGCUCAACUGGCUGCUCCACUUUGCCCCGAGGUGUGUGUGUGUGUGUGAUCGGCUGGCGACCAGUCCAGGGUGAACCCGCCUGUCGCCCGUAGUCAGCUGGGAUUGGCUCCAGCCCCCCCGUGAUCCUGACAGAUAAAGCACGUAUGGAAAAUGGAUGGAUGGAUUUUUGAUUUACAGAAAUAAAAAAAUACUUGACAUCCCGUAAUUAUGACAUGCAGAUUUAAUGAUUAAAGAGUCUGAAAUAAAUAAUUCUGAGAUGUUUUGUAAUGUGGUGGAAAUGUGCUUCCAUAUAACUACCUGAUAAAUAAUAAUGUAGCGGAUGAUCGACUGAUCAAGUUAUCAAUUAAGACUUUAAAAUCUUAAAAACUCUGAAGAUGAAUCUGCAGAGUUCAGAGCCUGUUGGUCUUUACUGGUCCAGAGGUUUGGACCUAAUCUGAAGCAGACCAGCCCUCAAUCUGAACCUGAACCUGAACCUGAACCUGAACCUGAUGAAUAAAGCGGUUUUAAAUACAGACGUACUUGAUACAAUUUGGACUCGCACUCUUGUCUGAGCUCGAGGACCAAUCAGAUGCCUGGCUUUUGUGUAGUUUAUGAACGGGAAACUAAAGGUUCCUGAACGCCUCACGCUCAAUCAGAUACAAGCUCGGCCCUGACAGGAAGUUUGUUUUAUGUGUCUCAUUGGCAUGCGACUCAUUAUUCAUUUUCCCUAAUUUUCUUGUUUUAUUUUUCACCCAAAGGUGACAUGUUGCCCUACAGAAGCCAUAUCCUGCCAAAAUAAAGAUUUUAAAAUCCUCAGCAGUAAACAGAUAAAUUCUCGUAUUCCACGCCUAAACUUUAGUUAUUUCCUCAUUUAAUAACUCGUGUAUAUUUUAGUUUUUCAGUUUAUUGAAGCAAACUCAAAUUACUUAUCUUUAAAAAUAGACAUUAUUGCCAUAGAAAUAAAACUCUCACACAAUAUCAUCUUGUUGUCCAUCAAAUUACGUCUGAGGGACGUCACAUAUAAAAUCCAUUUCCCUGUAAGUCGUCCACAGCGAGAACAUGAAGGGGAAGUUCUCUGUGUUUAUGUUCGUACAACAGGAUGUGAUGGAGGGAUGGACGGUGAGGAAGAGGAGGAUCAGAUGAGGCAUGAAUACGUCAGUGGUGUGCAGGGCUUAUAGGGUUUGACCUGUGUUUGACCUCUGCUGGUGGCUGUCAUGUCUGUUAGCCAUUUCCAUUGUUUUUAUGCUCUGUAAGUGUGCAAACCUUUUCUAGCGAGAUGCUGAUUCUGUUUUUACUUGUAUGAACAAGAAACUGAAGCAAUAUGAAGCCAAAACUCUGCCGAGCAGCUGCAGUUUGGUAGAAGAGGUCCUGUUUGCAGCAGAUGAUCAAACUGCCGUCGAUAAAAUGUCCGAGAGGAGCAACUUGAAGUGCGUUUGAUUUCGGUGGCUCUUGAACCUGGUUCAUUCUCGGGUAAAUCAUAUUUCAAUUUGAUGAGAAACUGGGGAAUUAAUAAUUUAGUGUUUAAUUUCCUGUCUGCUUCAGUAACUAAAGCUUGUCGUCUGCUUUGCUAACACUUGAAUGACCCAACCACUUUUCUGCAAACUCGAGCAUCUUCGUUUAUUUGAUUCGUUGCACUUUCAGCCUCCACGUGUUCACAUACCUCAUUUUCCUCGUAAGACCUUUAAAGUGUUUUAUUUUUCCUGUUUCCACACAAACCUCAUUACCUCAGUGGAUGUAUGGCGUUGCUGUUUGACUUUGAUAAUGUGUUUGUUUUAUUUGUUCUGUUUGCGUCUCAGCUUUUUAAACCGGAGCCUCAUUCUGAUGGAUAAAAACCACAAAACUGCAAACGCACAAGCUUCUCAGGUUUGAAGACGGAGUCCCUUAAGAUCAAUUUCAUUUUUUUUUCUACAAAUAAAAAACAUCAGCUUUCUGGCCGUACAUAGUUUUUAACAGGUUGACAAGAGACCAACGGGAUGCUGGAAAUGUGGAAGCCCAGACAUGCCAAAAAAAAUAGGAAGACUAACAAAAGAUUAUGAUCUCAUGUUUUUUACUUUUUAUUUUUAUUUGGAGGAUUCAUCUUGUGUUUGUUUCUUUGUUUUCCUGGUGUAAAUGGGACUCCAUCUUUAAAUGUAAACUGGUUUUAAGUCUUGUCAUUCCUUACACAAGUUUAAAACAACACAGAUUUACGCUGCGUUCAGGUCACUAACUUACAAAAUAAUAAUAUACAACAGCAAGCACUUUAAAGUUAGGUUUUUAAAGUGCUUAAUAAAGAAAAAAAUCAUUGUCAGAAAAAUAACAUCGAGAUCAAACACGAGGGGAAAAUCAAAGAUUUUCUAAUAAGUCAUGAUACGCACACGGAAAGAAAAAACUUCAGACAUUUUCUCGUAAGGUUCAGAAUCUCACAAUUAUUUUCUCAGUUUUUAGAAAUCUUUACAUUUGUGAGAGAUUUCAAAACUCUGAUUGUAAAAAUAUUUAUUGUUUCAUGCUUUGUUUUUGUAUAAACAUAAUUACACAAUCUUUAGUAUUGGAAUUAUCAGAAACAGUCUGAUUUUUUUUCUUUCCCACUUUAGUGAAAGCAAUGCACUUCUAUAAAGUAUUUACAGGUGUUGUUGUGAUCAAAGCUUACAAAGUGAUUAUUAUCAAUUCCCUUCAGAUGCGUUUAUCUCUAAAUGUUGUUUUUACAGGAGGCUCAGGAAAUCCUUUGUAAUGUGUGCACAUCAUGUUAUUUUAAGCACUGAGGUGCACUCAGAUGGCAUUAAUGUGUGCAUAUCAGAGCACAUCUGGACUCCUGUGAUUUUUAAUGUAUUUGUUUAGCAGUUUUCUGAAAAGUGGUUGUGUGGUUCCCAUGUGGAGAGAAGAAAACCUUUUUCAAUUUAGCCUCCUCAUUAAAACUGCAGGCGGUGAAGGAGAGAAGGGAACCGAGGCUGCAGUAAACGAGUCUCGCUGGGAGCCCAUAGGGACCUCGAUCUUUAGAGACAAGAAUCCUACAGGGUUCCUUCAGGAACCGCUUCAUGGUCAGUUUAAAGACGUAGAGCUUCAUGCAGGGGUUCCUCAGGGAACGAGCUGAGGUCCUCUUAUUGUUUGAUGCAAACGUGGGAAUGAGGGGAUGAAGGGAUGUCUUAUUGUUUUCAGUUGACGUAGUUUUACUUCAUACAGACAGUACGUUUGUAACAGGGAAACGUGACUGAUGUUCUGAUGAAUCCUGGCGUGUUUUUAAUUUUGACUUUAAAUGUCCCUUUCUACUCCUGUAUAAUCUCCACGAACUGACUUGCUCUAGUUUGUUAAACAAAGUCUCAAAAAUCUCAGUGUUUGGAUUUGAUGCAAUACUUUUGAUAAAAAUGUGCCCUUUUUGUAAUUAAGCAGUGUAACUAAACCAAAUCUAAAAGAGUUUGAAGAAUACAUUUUAAGAAAUGCUGGAGCAGAGUGAUGGAGAGAGUCAAACCUUCCCUCGUCAGUGAUUUACCCAAAGCUGAUGUGACCGCUGACCACGUUGUGACCGAUGUCAGUUCUGAGUGGAUUGUUCCAGCUUUUUACAUCUCAGACCAGCGCAAUGGUCGUUAUUCACUGUUGUGUUUGUGCCCCGUGUUGAUCACAGCAGCACCGUCUGAAUGUCAUUAAGCCAAGCUCGAACUGUCUGCCACGACGAUGUGAUAAUGAAGGCGAUGAUGAUGGUGUUUUUUACUUUUAUUGCCUGUUUUAGUCUAUCAGACCGGGUACUUUUUAGUGUUAAAAUUUAAACAAAACCAAUAAAUGUUCACAACUA